AUGGAAAAGGUGUUGUAUUCGACGUGGGGAGAAACUCGCAUUGUUGGAGUUGUUGGGAUGCGUGGUAUUGGUAAAACAACUCUUGCAAAAAUAUUGUUUGUCAGGCGUGGGUCUAAGUUUCCAAGCCACUCGUUUUUAACAAUGUCGAAGGAUUGCAGACCAGAGAAGUUGAGGAAGUUGAGGAGGAUGUUCCUGAAAGACUUACUCAAACACACUAAUCAAGACAUAAGCGAUGAGACAACACAUGAAUAUGUGAAAUCUGAACUUCUUCAGACCAAGGUUUUCGCUGUCCUUGAUGGCGUGAGUGACAAGAAUCAGUUACAGUUUCUACUCGGUAAUCUUGACUGGAUUAAAAAGGGAAGCAAGAUUGUUAUUACAACGUGUGACAAGUCAUUGCUCGAGGGACUUUCUCAUGAUAUUUAUGUAGUCCCACAACUGAACAACAGGGAGGCCUUACAACUCUUUAGUUAUCAUGCCUUUAAUCAUCAAAUCUGUAGUCCCACUGGGACCUUUGUGUCGCUGUCUAGGAUGCUCGUGGAUAAUGCUGGAGGUAAUCCCCUAUAUCUCACGUUACUAGGCAGCAUCCUCUGUGGGAAAGACGAGGCUUACUGGGAAGAAGAACUGCAAAGAGCGAGACAAAGUUUCAAUACGAAGAUGAGAGAAAUUUGGACAUUCUAUUUUGACCAACUUAGUGAGCGGCAGAAAGAUGCAUUCCUCGACAUAGUGUACUUUUUUAAAUCAGAGGACGAGUACUUUAUUAGAAGUCUGAUGGAUUCAGGAAAUUCUGAAACUGUGAGUGAAGUUAAAGAUCUCGCUGACAAGCUGCUUAUUACAACUUCUGGUGGGAAAAUAGAGGUACAUGACCAAAUGUAUACAUUGGGCGAGAAACUUGGUUCUCCUGGGUGGUAUAGGCUUACGAACUACAAAAAUAUCAUCGAAUAUCUGACAAAAGAGAAACACCAGGAAACUAAUAAUGUGAGAGGUAUUUUCUUAGACAUGUCCGAAGUAGAGAAAGAUAUUGUCUUGGACAGUAUGACCUUCACUAAUUUGCGGAAUCUUCGAUACCUCAAGAUAUAUGAGUCUUGUUGUCCCAGGCAGUGUAAAUCUAACUGCAAAUUACACUUCCCAGAUGGGUUUGAACUCCCCUUGGAAGAGGUUCGAUAUCUCCAUUGGGUGAAAUUCCCGUUAGAAGAACUUCCACCAGAUUUCAAACCUGAAAAUCUUGUGGACCUUAGGCUGCCUUACAGCAAAAUUGAACGUGUCUGGGAAGGUGUUAAGGACACCCCACAAUUGAAAUGGGUAGAUCUACGCUACUCCAGUAAGUUGCGAAACUUGUCAGCAUUGUCAAAGGCUGAAAAUCUUCAAAGACUAAAUUUGGAAGGCUGCACGGGUUUGGAUGAGUUGCCUACGGAGAUUCAAAAUAUGAAGUCUCUGGUUUUCCUGAACCUGCGAGGAUGCAUACGUCUUUGGUCCCUCCCAAAGAUAAAUUUAAUUUCUCUGAAAACUCUCAUCCUUAGCGGUUGCACAAACCUGGAGGAGUUUCAGCUAAUCUCUGAAAGUGUAGAAUUUCUCCAUCUGGAUGGCACAGCAAUCAAAGGACUUCCUCUUGCCAUCCAGAAGCUCCAAAGGCUUGUCUUAUUGAAUUUAGAAAAUUGCAAAAGGUUGGAGCGUCUUCCCAACUGUCUUGGAGAACUGAAAGCUCUCGAAGAAUUGAUAGUUUCUGGUUGUUCAAGCCUUCAGAAUCUUUCAGAGGUAAAGGAGACCAUGAAACAUCUCCAGAGUUUACUUAUUGAAAGGAUAGGAGCAAAGGAGAUGCCAAACAUAUGCGAAGGCCAAGCUUCUGCAGAUGUUGUCCUACAACCUUUUGGCCCGAGCAGAUGGCCACGUGGUGUUAAUGGAGCUUCCUCUCUGCGACGUCUAUCUUUAAGUGGAAAUGAUUUUGUCAGCCUCCAAACUGACAUUGGGAAACUUUACAAUCUAAAUUGGCUUGACGUGAAGGAUUGCAAGAUGCUGAGAUCAAUCCCUAUGCUUCCACCAAGACUUCAGUACUUUGACGCUCAGGGCUGUGAUUCACUGGAAAGAGUCGCAAAUCCUUUGGCCAUUCAAGUGUUCACACAUCACAUCCAUGCGACCUUCAAUUUUUCUAACUGCAACAAAUUGGAUCAAGAUGCAAAAGAUAGUAUCGUAUCCUAUACCCGGUGGAAAAGCCAGUUAGUGCUCAACGCACUGCAUCGAUACACUGGGGCUUCGAUUUUGGAAGCUUUGACUGGAACCUGUUAUCCUGGAUGGGAAGUACCCACAUGGUUCAGUCACCAAGCCUCUGGACCGGUGUUAGAGCCAAAUCUGCCGCCACACUGGAGUCGCAACAGGUUUACAGGAAUUGCUCUAUGUGCUGUUAUCCGAUUUUCGGACUACCAUGAGCAGAGGAGCCGCCUCUUAGUGAAAUGUAAAUGCCAGUUUAAUAAUGGAGACGGGUCUCGUUUUGUCUUCACUGUCGGCGGUUGGAGUGAUCCAGGUAAAACAGCAUGGGAUACUGUACCGUCUCACGUCUUUAUUGGAUAUGCCAGUAUGUUGGAUGUCAGGAAACCUAGUGAAGAAGAAGAUAAAGAGGGAUGUAGUCAUACAAAGGCUUCUUUUGAAUUUGAAGUGACUGAUGGUACAAAAGUGUUAAAUAGCUGCGAGGUGUUGAAAUGUGGCUUUAAUUUGGUAUAUGCAUCCGAUGAAUUGCGGGUUAAAUCUGGUCUAUGCGGCGAAGCCAAUCAAUACAGAGCUUAUUCAAGAAAAGUGGAAAUCUCUAAUGCGAAGAGUGAAACCGAAACUCUGGAAAGUCGGCCGGAUGGUAGGCAUGAAAUAGUUGAAUUGCCAAAUAAAGUGACAGCCAUGACAAAGACAGCAAGCAUACCCUCGGAAAUUUACGGCAUAGUUGCUUCUGCGGCAGUUUCGAGAGAGCUGACCGUAAUAGCUGGAGGAAAGCUCAAGUCCCUAGGAAGAGGAGUUAUGGCAGUUGGACGUGUCUUCUUUCUUAUUUUGUUUGCAGCUUUUCUCUUUAGUCUCUUCAUAGCUCCUCUAAUCUUCACUGAUGCAAAAUCACCUGCCUCCUGGUAA